AUGGAAGUGGCAACAAAAGACUUCAAGGUGCAGUUUGCGUUCCCCAAGAGCGUGCGGACGGCUGAUGCCAAUACGAACAGCGGGUCGUACAUGUUUGACGACUCAACCACGACACUCAAGUGGACCGUGGGAAAAUUUAACCCGAAGCAGCACGGUGCGGCGACGCUGGACGAAAAACCGAUCGUCGUCUUCGGGUCCAAAGUCCCGUUCACGACCGUAUGUAGCCUCGCUGUUGAUACCCUCGUCCUGAACAACGAAAACUACAAACCGUACUUGGGCGUUCGCACCCUCGCCCAAGCGGGGCGGUUCCACGAAUCCUAG